AUGAGCAUUGGACAUAGAGAGAUAGUCAUGGACAAACACCAAGACGCGGACAAGGGCCUCGGCUCGACUACAGACAUCUCUACACAGCUGGAAGAUGCCUUGAACUCGAUCGCACUUGGAAACAAUGCCCCCGACAACGAGCCCGAAAUCAUUCCUAUUCGCACAAAGAGCCCUCCAAUGACCCCUAGAAAGGCCAUCGCGAAGAACACAAUCUCCGACAGUCCAUUGGGUGGAAUAGAAAGUCAGCGAGGAAGACAAGAGGUCAAGGGAAGCGCCAUCCUGUCUACCACCGCUGCCAAACGAAAGAAAAAGAAGAACAAGACAAGAACGUCGGAAGCAUCACAGGCCCUCAGCACCGUAAGGGGCUUCACACCAGUUGAUUCUGGCGCCGAAGAUUCGGAUGUUUCUGUGAAUAGUCCGCGGGUUUUGUCACCUAUGCCACGGCUAGCACCGUUGGCCGGCGCCAGCCCAGGGCUCAGACCACAGUCACCAGGAAUCAGCAGUCUGAAAGCACAGCUUGACGCGUUGAAUUCAAGAAGCCAGAGCCCAUCUACAUCUUGUACCCGCAACAAUCAGGACUCCGAAGCAAACAGCAGCGCAGCCAGCGCGGCGUCGGACACUCAAACCGACGAGACGCCCGAAGAAAUAGUCAGUUAUAAUGUCCAAAUCGAUCAAGAUUUCAUCAGCCAGUCUAUGGCCGACACCGAGCCUGCUUCCUCAUCGCCUAUCGCCAUGGACGCAGAUCAACGUGCUACAUCUCUGAUUGCACGUAAAAUGACUGCGGCAGACUUUACUCCCAUCCGGUGUCUAGGAGAUGGUGCGUUUGGAACCGUGCUCCUUGUGCGACAAAAUGCAACAGGACGACUUUUCGCACAGAAGCAACUCACCAAGGCCUUCCUCAAGAUCCACAAGAAGCGCAUCGAAUCGACCAGGUCGGAGCGUACCAUUCUCGAGUUGGUCAAUCGUCAUCCUUUCAUUGUCAAUCUCUAUUAUGCCUUUCAGGACCAUGAGAAGCUCUACUUGAUCCUCGAGUACGCUUCCGGUGGCGAACUCUUCCGUCACCUGGAGUUGGAGAAAUUCUUCAGCGAAGACGUGGCGGCUUUCUACAUUGCUGAAAUUGUUUUGGCACUCGACUACCUCCACAACACUGUCGGAGUCAUCUAUCGUGAUCUCAAACCAGAGAAUUGCCUCUUGAAUGCCGAAGGUCACCUCCUUCUCACUGACUUUGGCCUCAGCAAAGUUGCCGUCCCAGACCCAAACACUCCGGGCGGCAGUCGAUGCAACAGCCUCGGCGUUGGGACCAUCGAAUACAUGGCGCCUGAGAUUAUCAGAGGCUGGGACGAGUCUGACUGGGGACCAGGUUAUGGCAAAGCUUGUGACUGGUGGUCGCUGGGUGCCAUGGCCUGUGAUCUGAUGACGGGAAAACCACCCUUUGGCGGUGGAAAUUGGACCAAGAUCCAACAGAACAUUAUGCAUCAGAAGCUGAAUCUUCCUUACUUUUUGUCGCCGGAUGCCAAAGAUCUCCUCACCAGACUCAUGCGUAAGGAACCAAAGAAACGACUUGGAGUCGGUCCUCACGAUAUUAACGUCAUCAAAAAGCACCGCUUCUUCAGGAAGAUCGACUGGAAGAAGUUGGAGGCUCGGGAAUUGGAACCACCCAUCAAACCAUUGGUCACAAAUCCGGAAUUGGCCGAGAACUUUUCCAAGGAAUUUACUCAGCGAGCGGUAGAUGCCACCCCUCAGCCACACAACAGGACACUGAGCAAGUCUGAUCCCUUUGGAGGAUUUAGCUACGUUGCAAGCCACAGUCUUCUUGAAGAGUCUAUGCUUUCGGAGUUGGAUGAAGCCAUCAUCGACGAUGGGUUCUAG